GUUUCGUUCCCUUCGCCGGCGGGCCGCCUUGUCCCAGAAUCCAAGAUGGCGGGGUCCAGGAGCAAGGGUCCCCGGGCCGGGGCCGGGCCGCUACUCUGCAUGCUGCUAUUAUCUCUGAGCCGUUUCUCCAAUGCCCAAGGAGCGGGCGGGGACCCCGUGGCGGGUGGCGGAACUCCUGCCUCCACCCCGACUCCACAGCCCCACCGCCGGUUCGAGUACAAGUACAGCUUCAAGGGGCCGCAUCUGGUGCAGAGCGACGGGACCGUUCCCUUCUGGGCCCACGCGGGGAAUGCAAUACCUAGUUCAGACCAGAUCCGAAUAGCUCCAUCUUUGAAAAGCCAAAAAGGCUCAGUCUGGACAAAGACAAAAGCUUCAUUUGAAAACUGGGAGGUUGAGGUGACGUUUCGAGUCACAGGAAGAGGACGAAUUGGAGCUGAUGGCUUAGCAAUUUGGUAUACAGAAAAUCAAGGCUUGGAAGGUCCUGUGUUUGGAUCAGCUGAUAAUUGGAAUGGUGUUGGAAUUUUCUUUGAUUCUUUUGACAAUGAUGGAAAGAAAAACAAUCCAGCUGUGGUUAUCAUAGGCAACAAUGGACAAAUACAGUAUGAUCAUCAGAAUGAUGGUGCUAAUCAAGCUUUAUCAAGCUGCCAGAGGGACUUUCGUAAUAAGCCAUAUCCUGUCCGGGCAAAGAUUACUUAUUACCAGAAAACACUGACAGUGAUGAUCAAUAAUGGCUUUACACCAGAUAAAGAUGAUUAUGAGUUUUGUGCUAAAGUGGAAAAUAUGGUAAUCCCUGCACAAGGGCAUUUUGGAAUAUCUGCAGCAACAGGUGGUCUUGCAGACGAUCAUGAUGUUCUUUCUUUUCUGACUUUCCAACUGACUGAGCCUGGAAAAGAAACACCUGCACCUGAUAAAGAAAUUCCUGAAAAAGACAAAGAAAAAUACCAGGAAGAAUUUGAGCAUUUUCAACAAGAGCUGGAUAAAAAAAAGGAGGCCUUCCAGAAGGACCACCCUGAUAUUCAAGGGCAGCCAGCUGAAGAAAUCUUUGAGAGUGUAAGUGAUCGUGAACUAAGACAAAUUUUUGAAGGGCAAAAUCGUAUCCAUCUUGAAAUCAAGCAACUCAAUCGACAAUUAGAUAUGAUCCUUGAUGAGCAAAGAAGGUAUGUCUCUGCCUUGACUGAAGAGCUCUCCAAAAGAGCACAUGGAGGCCCAGUACAAGUUGGACAGGCCCCUCAACAAGAACUUGAUACUGUAGUGAAAACUCAGCAAGAGGUCCUAAGACAAGUGAAUGAAAUGAAGAAUUCCAUGGGUGAAACCCUCAGGGUGGUCAGUGGAACUCAGCACAUGGGCACAGCAGGCAGUGUGUAUGAAACAACACAGCAUUUCAAUGAUAUCAAAGAACACCUUCAUGUAGUAAAGAGGGACAUUGAACACUUAAUACAACGAAAUGUGCCAUCGAAUGAAAAAACAAAAUGCCCAGAACUACCACCAUUUCCAUCUUGUUUAUCUACAACACACUUUUUAGCAUUUGUAGCAGUACAGACAAUGUUAUUCAUUGGUUAUAUCAUGUAUAGGACUCAGCAAGAAGCCGCAGCCAAAAAAUUCUUUUGAUCACCAUUUUUGUACAUGUACAUGUAUGUAUGCACAGAAUUUUGACUGUAAAUGAGGGAAUUUUUAUGUGUUUAAAUUGCUUCAGUGGUCUAAAUUAUUACCUUUUUGUUAAAAUUACCUGUUAAAAUGUUAAGUUGUGGUAAGAAUAAACCUUACAGAAGUGAGAACUACAAGAAAAACUGUGCACAGUAUAUAACUUUAUUUAAAAUUUAUUGAGUUGAUAGUUGAUGGUAGAACAGCCAUGAAAACAGUACGUUUAUUUCCAGUGUGAUUAGGGUAAGAAAAACUAGGGAUAUGGCUCCCAAAUGAUGAUUAGUAUAUUUGAUUUCUGGGACAGAAAGUUUACUUGUAAGAAUAUAAUGUUAUAAGUAAAUUUAUUUAAAUGAAAAUUUAUCCACAAUUAAGAAGUUGACCUAAAGUCCAAAGUAUAUAAUUCCCCUAUAGUGGUAGUUAGAGUAACCAAAGUCUUACAAUGUAGGAAUCACUGUAUCCUAAUCAAAGACUUACUCCUGUCAUCAUUUAUGUUGACGUAACUCCCUCUGAAAUCAAAGGUCAUUUUGCCCAAGUGGAGCUUUUUUAAGAUCAAGUUGUUAGCAUUUCAUAAUGCCUCUGUAGAACUUUCAGGGUUUUUUUCCCCCUUUCAAUGUGGUUAUAGUACAUUUUAUUUUGAAAGGAAGCUGGGGAGGGAGAGACUUAAAGCUGCUUUUUGCCUAAUUUUCAUUCAGAUGAAAGGCAUUCUUUUGAUCAACGGUUCUUACGGGUAUUUUGCCUGCUAAUAAAUUCAUUUCAUACUCCUAAAUGUCUUCACCUCAAAGAAAGUCGCUUAAAUCUUCUUUUAAAAGAGCUUUUCUUUUUCCUCCCAAUUCAUUGUUUAACUCAAUCUUACUAUAUUUUAAAGUAUAGCAUGUAAAUUCAGCUCUAGUGUGCACAGGAUUUGAAUAUUGUAAAUAACUCAAAAGUAACCACUGCAUUUGAAUUACAGUGCCAUUUCACUACACAACCUUGAACACGUGAAUUUGUACAGCCCUUAAAAAUAUGGAAUAUUCUUUCUCAUUGUAAUUUCAAGGCUUUCAUGAACAGUUUUUAAGAAAUAAAAAAGGUAGACUUUUGUGAAUUUUUUUUAAAAGAGCUUCAAGUAUUAUACAUUUGUCAAUAGGGUUUGCCUUUUAAUGUCUAAGUAUGAAGGGUCUUCAUAAAGUUCUUGAAAUUUUUACACUUCUACCUUCUGAGCUUUAAUGAUUAAAUUUGUAUGCAUGAUAAUAAUUUGUUCAAUUGAAUUUAAAAGAUUGUCAGUUUUUUUUCCUCUCAUAACUGAACCUGAUCUAAGUGUUUCAUAAUUAACAAAACUUGCCUUCUCAUCUAUUCCAGCCAUUUUUUAUUUGUCACAGAUCUUGGAGUAAAAAUAUAUGGUAUGUAACUCCAUAAGGUCCCAAGCUAGUGACUGUUUAAUACCACUUAGAUGUUGAUCCUUUUAUGCCUAUAGCUUACAUGAGGACUCUAUGAAGACUCUAGUUUUGCAGUAUUCUAUUAGUGCUAUUAUGUGAACUGACAGUCUUACAACUUUUGUGAACAUUUGAUCUGGGGUGAUAAAUAAGAUUAUUCCAGUCAGUGAUAUUUCACUCUACCAUAUUUACUUAGCUAUAAUAGGAAUUAAUUUUUCCCCCUUUAUAAUGUUAACAUUUUAAAAUCUAUUUGGGCACAUGGAUCAUUUUAAAGACAUCACAAAUUUAUUCUUUUUUAGCAGUCCAUAAGAAAUUUUAAUAGGUUCAAAAGGAAGUUUAGAUUGUAAAGUAAGAAAUUCAUGCUAAUCACCUCUAAAAAAAAAAAAAAAAGCUGCCAAAUCCAGUAUUAAAAACUCCACAGUCACACUGUGCCUGAAACACUGAAAGGAAUACCAAAUCUAUGCAGAAUAUUUUUGUCAGGCUAGAAUUCAAGUGGUCUCAUUCUGAUUACAGCCUAGACAAGUGGAUACCUGCACUAUACUGAGAGGGCAUAAUCAUGCAUUUUAAACUCCCUAUUCCCUUAAAUAUUGAAUUGCUUUGAAGCAUUGUAAGUCAAGUAGUUGGUAAGGGGCAGUGGUGUACCAUUAAUUGGGUCUGGUUUAUCUUCCUCAAAAUAAUUGAAGAUAAGUAGAUUACUUAUGAAGAAAAAUGUUUAAACUUGGUAGGGGAAAAAAGUCACUGCCAGGAUUCUUUAACUUCUUUGUUAUUUCAGAUAAUUAAAUUUAUUCACUCUCACACCAGCAAAUAUUUUACAGGGUGCCUUGGAUUAAAAAAAAAUUAUUUAGAAUAUAUCAGUGUUCUUUGUGCUCAAAAAGUCACUUUUUAAAGAAUGCAAUAACACGAUUGUCAAAUAUUGAUUUGAUAUACCUUUUUUUCAUGUUCCAACCCUCUAUAGCUGUUUUAUUCAAUUUGAAAUUUUAAAAUAAUAAAACCACACCAGUAUAUCAUGUAUUAUCUGUUGAUAGGGUCUAACAACGUCUUCCCUGGUUUAGAACUAGUAGCAUAACAUAGUACUUCCAUCAUUGAUCCCAUAAGCUUUUGUGCACUGAUUCUUUUGUACACAUAACUUCUUACAUGCUCUUUUUUUAAAAUUAGGAACAAUUCUUAUAUGUUAUUAGUCACCCAGAAUGAUGCCUGACUCUUGAGUCAGUUUAAUAGAUGACUUUUAAACUCAUUGAUAUUCAGCCCACUGUGUUAAAUUCCAUCCAAAACCUGCCUACCAAAAAACUUAUUGCAUUUAAUGGUAGUCACAGUUGUGUUGUUUUGUAUAAAAUUAAAGAUGACUUUUUAAUUACAAAAGCAAAAUAAGAACAGGAGAAACUACUUGAAUAAGAAGUUGCCUGGCAUAAUGUGUUACAAAGAUAACAAUCUUGGGGAAAAAAAUGUAAUAUUGAAUAUUAAAAUCUGGUGACUGGAUUUCCCUGACCAAAUGUUCAUUACAGGAACAUAGUAAUAAAAAAAAAGUUAUAUUGUUUUUUUUUUAAUUGAUAUAAAAUCUAUACUUGCAACUUUUUAGAUCUGUUGCCUAUUUAAGAUAACAAUUUUAUUGAUGUUGCUGUAAAAUUGAAAUGAUUUUCUAGCCACUGUCAAUUGGAUACUCUUUCUCAAGUUAUUUUGUUUUCUGACUAAUGUUACUUGAUGCUAGCUGGAAUUCAAGAAAAGACAUUAACCUUAUUCAAAUAAAGAAAUAUUUUAUUAAAA